AUAAAUCAAUUCAAUAUCCUAAUUGUUUUAUUCAAUCUAUCCCUCUAUUCCUAAUUGUUCAUUCCGCUUAAUAUAAACACUCCAUGAUCUCUCAUCUCAUCUCAUCUACUCAACAAAACAUAACACACAUAUGCUUACUCUUUCCAUUCCAUUGUAGUAACUAGCAUCACCAAGCAAAGGUUGUUAACAACCACACCAUGUCUUCAACCUCCAAACCUAACAUUUCGUGGAUGGUGCGCUCCUCUAUGUCAAUCCUCUCCAUCAUUUUUUAUAUCACCCGUCGUUCUAAUGAUACUAUCAACCGUCGCCUCCUUAGACUCAUUGACUGGAAAAUCUCUCCUAACCCUAACUCCAAAUCCAUCAACGGUGUCUCUUCCUCUGACGUCAUGGUGAACUCCACACACAACCUCUGGUUUCGUCUCUUCAUACCUUCCUCUACCACAUCCACUGCAAUCUCAUCCCUCCCGGUUAUCAUUUUCUUCCACGGAGGCGGUUUCGCGUACCUGUCUCCUUCUUCUAUUCCAUACCAUUUUCUUUGUCAGUUGUUUUGUCGUUCUUUUCCCGCCAUUGUAGUCUCUGUUAAUUAUCGACUUAUCCCUGAGCAUCGUUUUCCAUCUCAAUACGAAGACGGUUUGGAAAUGCUAAAGUUUCUCGAUAGAAAUAUUGACGUUUUAGGAAAAUCUGCUGACAUCACUAAAUGUUUUUUGGCGGGUGAUAGUGCGGGUGGAAACCUGAUCCAUCAUGUGGCAGUUCGGGCUUCCUUAGAGAAGUUUCAGAUGUUGAAACUAAUUGGAUUAAUUUCAAUGCAACCAUAUUUUGGAGGAGAGGAACGAACCAAAUCUGAAAUUCGUUUGAAACGGGCACCCCUUUGUUCAAUGGAUAAAACUGAUUGGUGUUGGAAGAUGUUUUUACCGGAUGGGUCGAACCGAGACCAUGAAUCGUGUAAUGUUAGUGGACCAAAUGCAAUGGAUAUUUCAAAAGUGGAUUAUCCAAAUACUCUUUUGUUAGUCGGUGGUUUUGACCCGUUAGUAGAUUGGCAAAAGAGGUAUUAUGAGUGGUUGAGAAAAUCGGGAAAGGAAGUGGAAUUAAUUGAGUAUGCAAAUAUGAUUCAUUGUUUUUAUUACUUUCCGGAUUUACCUGAGACUUCUCAAUUUAUUUCAAAAGUUAAAGAUUUUAUGAUGAAGCAAAUGGUUAAUAUGAAUUAGGAGUUUGAAAUUUUAGAAAAAAUAUUAACUUUAAAAUUCUGUAACAAUAACAUGAGAAAAGGUGUGCCAGAAUAAAA